AUGCUUAUAUAUGAUAGAACCAGCAAACACCAUUCACGUCAGCGUACAGAUUCAGUAAGCUCUGAUAGUACAACACAAUCUCCGCAAACAGUAACGAAAAAAGGUGAUUCUAUUGAGACUAAUGCAACAUUUGAUUUCUCUGCUGACGGUGAUGUGGAUAAUGAAGAACAGUUAGUUUAUUUAGUGUCUAAUGUUUUAUUUACUAUUUUCUGGAAUGGUGUCAGCAAUGAUCACCCACUUUGCUGGAUAGAACGCGGUCAAGUCUUGGGUUGUAUAAAUUUACUUGCAUUAAAUAAUGAAUUAGUAACUUCACAUCUUUCAUUGCGACUACGAAUACUGGAAAUGGCUGUUCAAGCAUCAUUAUUAGAUUUAUCCGAACAUGGUAGUCAGACAUUAAUUAAUCAAGAAAAUGCUUCACAAAUUCUUCGUAUGGUGUAUGACUUAGUUGUAUUGGGUUCAAAUGAAGACGAAUCAAAAAAGUGCUCCACAAAAUUGCUUGACGGAGUCCUUGCUUUGUUAGAUGCACUUAUGAUAUUCCAACAGGGGUCUUCAGAUGGGUGGUCUGACAUGAUACGCUUGUGUCUAGGUUUAUUACUCAAAUGUUCUUAUCAUCCAAAUCCUGGUGUUGUUGCAAUGGCUACAGCAAAGUUACAUGCUAUAUUACAAAGUCGCACUACUUAUGAUCCACUAGAAUUAGCUUAUUUAUUAUAUAGUAUUAAUCGAGCCUUGGAUAAUGCAAUUGAAGUUGGCAAUCCCGAGGAAUACUCAUUUCUUAUGCCAGUCAUGAAAGCUUUAUUGGAAAAAUGUCGAGAUGUUUUUAAUUUGGAAACAAAUUUACCAGAUUUGCCACCAACUUCGUCGGGACCAGUAUUUUUUAAUGAUUUUCAAAUGUAUAGUACAAGCAAAAAAUGGCGCAAUUUUAUAGAAAAAAUUUACAAUAAAUAA